CAUUCUAUUGUUUUCCUCUAUUUCUUUGCAUUGAUAGCUGAGCAAUAUUCAAUGCUACUUAAGACCCCCACUGUAAAUUGAUGGACAGUCAUUGGCCAUCAGGAGAUCACAUUCUCCAAGACCUACAACAUUUGAUAUAGAUAACUGAUGCCAUUCUAAGCUCCAGCUCCUUUUGCAGAGAGCAGGACCUGGUUCUAGUUGGCUUAGUGUUCCUGUUUCCAUAGCAACAAGAGGGCCUGUAAGAGUUAAAAGAUACAGGAAGUGCGGCUUUCAUUUCCGGCUUGCGUCAGAGCCGCCGGCAACCCGGAAGUUGACGCGGCGCAUUUGCACAUGGCCGCCUCCUGGGAGGAUGCCGCUCGUGGUGUUUUGCGGGCUGCCGUACAGCGGCAAGAGCCGGCGCGUGGAGGAACUCCGUGCGGCCCUGGCAGCUGAGGGCCGCGCGGUGCAGGUGGUGGACGAUGCGGCGGUGCUCGGCGCGGAGGACGCAGCAGUGUAUGGCGAUUCAGUCCGUGAGAAGGCCUUGCGUGGGGCCCUGCGAGCGGCUGUGGAGCGGCGCCUGAGUCGCCAGGACGUGGUCAUCCUCGACUCGCUGAACUACAUCAAGGGCUUCCGUUACGAGCUGUACUGCCUGGCGCGGGCUGCGCGCACUCCGCUCUGCCUCGUCUACUGCGUACGACCAGGCAGUCUGAACGGGGGACUGCGGGUGGCAGGCGUCGUGGAUAAUCCGAACCGGAACGUCAGUGUGAGUUGGAGACCGCGAGCUGAGGAGGGAGGGAGACCUCUGGCGGUGGGCGCCGAUGUCCUCGGGGAACCACAGGCAGUGGCCUCUGUAGUAAAUAGGCAAGCCCAGGCAGAAGUACCUACGGAAUCCGAGCCAAAGGAAACCAGGGCGACAGAUUUUCCAGCUCUCGUGGCUUCGGAAUCCGAGGAAUCUGCAGAGCAUGUGUCUGGUGCUUUUUACCCUCCUGAACUUUUGGAGGCCCUAGCGCUGCGCUUCGAAGCUCCCGACUCUCGGAAUCGCUGGGACCGACCCCUGUUCACCUUGGUGGGCUUAGAGGAACCGUUGCCACUGGCAGAGAUCAGAGCUGCCCUGUUUGAGAACCGGGCUCCUCCACCCCAUCAGUCUACACAGUCCCAGCCACUUGCUUCUGGCAGCUUUCUGCACCAGUUGGACCAGGUCACCAGCCAGGUGCUGGCAGGACUGAUGGAAGCACAGAAGAGUGCAGUCCCCGGAGACUUGCUUAAGCUUCCUGGCACCACAGAACACCUGCGGUUUACCAGGCCUUUGACCAUGGCAGAACUGAGUCGCCUCCGUCGUCAGUUUAUUUCCUACACCAAAAUGCAUCCCAACAAUGAGAACCUGCCUCAACUGGCCAACAUGUUUCUGCAGUAUUUGAGCCAGAGCCUGCACUAACCGGAGCAAGUGAGUGGGAAAACCAUGGUUUCUUGUCUAACCACUACAUUUGUCUGGGAAGAAUAAAGUUCUGCAGAAUAUAUUGACAUGUACUAGAGCUGUUGUGACUGAUUCACUCAUACCCUCCUGGACCCCUCUGUGCCAGGCCUUGAGUUUACAGCAAAUCUGAUACUAGAGAAUGGAGAACUGUCUGAAGAUCUAGGCAAGAAGGACAGAGCUUAAGUGGACAGAGCUUGCAUAGAUUGAGUUCUAUUUGGGCUGUCACACACCAUUGAUUUCUCACAUCUGAAGUGUGGGAGAGCAGACAAGAUGGAUAAAUUGUUUAUAAUAAUUGUGAACAGAACUGAACAUAGCACAAUUCUACAUCUGUGCUGGCCUUUUCUUCAUACCACAGUUUUUUAAGUACUAGUCUCUAACCUGGGGCCUGGGGUCACAGAUAGAUCCACUGGUUUCUAUCCUUGGGAAGCUUUGGUUCUAGUGGAAUUGAAAGAUAAAACCACUAGAUUAUUUCAUUUAAUAAAAUCUUUUAUAAAAA